UGCCGACACAAUGAGAUCGCCGGUUACCAAACGAUUUUACCGAAGACACCGAUUGAUUGUCUUUCUGAUGGCUUCGCUGUGUCUGGUAUUGGUCAACAUAUCCGGCGUUUAUAUUCAUCCGUUUGAAUUGGACUUCGGCACCAAUUUUAGCUAUCCGUUAGAUUUGGAAAAUUUCAGAGAUAUUAUCGAAGGUUUAAAAGAAAUGAAUUUCAAUACUGAUUCCGAUGUCAAAGAUAGACAAACAUUGCAACAAACACUUCCACUUCCCCAACAUAUUAAUGAUUAUAAUUACCGUUUUAUUAUCCGCAAUGAAAAUAAGUGUUCCAAGAGAUGGUCGUCGUCUACUUCUUCUAAAUCAGUUAUAAUAACCAGUUUUAGUAAUACCGACGAUGAGAUUAUUACCAGAAAUUUAGAUGAUAUAACUUUGCUAAUUGUGGUCAAGAGUUCGCUAACACAUUUCAAGGCCAGAGAUGUCAUUCGCAAGAGCUGGGGAUUUGAGAAACGCUUUUCGGACGUUACCAUCAAAACUGUCUUUAUUUUAGGCAAUUGUGUUGACAGACGUGAUGUCUACAACUGUCAGGACAGUAUUGAUGAAGAAAUGGAUGCCAACAAAGACAUAGUUCAGGCAGACUUUGUUGACUCUUAUUAUAAUAAUACCAUUAAGACAAUGAUGGCUUUCAAAUGGUCGGUUCACUACUGUUCCAGUGCUCAGUUCAUACUGUUUGUUGACGACGACUAUUAUGUUUCGGUUAAGAAUCUCUUAAAAUAUAUUAGAAAUCCAUUGAAUACUUGGCCAACAAUUGAUACCAAUUCUAUAAAUAUUGUACCAAAUACUCCAUUUGAUGGCCGAUUAUACACCGGCUAUGUUUUUACCACUUCUUCCCCAAUGAGACAUAAAACAAGCAAAUGGUUUGUCUCUCUCGAAGAUUAUCCAUAUUCUCGAUAUCCUCCAUAUGUGACAGCAGGAGCUUAUGUUUUAUCCAAUGCAUCACUCAUUGAGAUGUAUUACGCCUCCCUUUACACAAAACACUUUCCGUUUGAUGACAUUUAUGUGGGAAUCUUAGCGAAAAAGUUGUCGAUCACUGCCAUACAUAACGAAAACUUUCAUUUCUGGCCAUUUGGCUACAGUGUCGACACUUAUAACGAUGUGAUAGCAGCUCACGGCUUCAGUGACCCCAACCAACUGAUCCGAGUCUGGAAUCAACAAAAAAGUUUGGGUUUUGCUUAACAAAUACUAUUGUCUCUCUCUUUCAUAACUAUAUUAUAUAAUAA